GGGGUCGAGGGGGGGCGGGUUUGAAGGUUUGAAUAGGGAAGUUUGCAGAGCGCAGUUGUUCCCCAUCCAGUCCGGCGCAGUGUUUGCAAACACCUGGAGCGCAGAGCGAGAGAAGAAGGGGGACUCACGCACUCUCUCACUGGCGGACCGAUAGGACUCUUUUCUCUCACUGCUGCUGCCUCUACAGCCUCUUCUUCUUCGUGGCACCGCUGGGGAUCGCUCUCAUCCCUCUUCAUCCUGCUUUUUUCGGCUGUUUUUCUAUCUAAAGGGCAGCUAAAUCUUUUUCAAGCACAAAAUGGAUGUUCUACCCAUGUGCAGCAUCUUUCAAGAACUUCAGAUAGUUCAUGACACAGGCUAUUUCUCCGCCUUACCGUCACUGGAGGAGUACUGGCAGCAGGUGAAUAUUUUUAACAUCAGCUGUUUGUAUGAAAGUCUCUGUUUUAGCUCGUGUGGAAAAGCGGAACUGCGCCGCCGCCGCCGCUUGCGCCAAGUUUAAAAUCCCGUCAAAAGUUAACGGUUGUUUGCGCAGGUUUCCCGGUGAGCAGUGUGUGUCGCUAUGAAGUUUUUGGCAGGCUGAAGUGGAUCAGUGUGUCAGUCUGACAGCUGGAGUGGAGGCUCUGCUGCUGCGCCAACAUGAAUGGAGAGAGGGAGAGGAGCGUGCUGCUGUUUCUGCCCUGACGUUAUUAGACUUUUUUAGCUUCUGAGCUGCUUUGAACACAAAAAUUGAAUGAAAUGAUGCAAGAUAUGGUGCAAUUUUAAAUUCUAUCAGAUGCAGUGCUUUUAUUUUUAAUUAUUUGGGUUUUAUUUUUCCUCUCUAAAAAACCCUGUGUGUUUUGGCACUCAAUAUAACCUACUAUGACCCUGAUAAAAGUAGGAACAAGGGAUUGAAUGGAUUUUUAACUGAAUUUUGGCUUCCCUCAGUCAUGAAAAAACGAAAUAAUUAAGAUUAAGUGAAAACUGCCUGAAAACGCAUAAAGUGAGGUUAGGCUUUACCUUCAUCACGUUUUACUACAACGGUAAACAGUCAGCACACAGGUGGGAGAGGAGCAGGUGUGUGUUAGUAAAGCAGAGGGACAGAGUGAGAAUGUGGAAAAAGGGUCAUGGACCUCAAGCUUUCCCAUUUCAAGCAUCUUUUUAGUGUUAAAGGGGUAACAGAGUUCAAUAAAGGCAGGUCUGACUAAUACUGUUAAAUUAUCAUCAGCAUGGUGAUUCUUGCCAUGAUCUAGCAGGCCCAGCUUAAAGUCCACGUUUUUGCUCCACAUGCAUCCUGUUUGGGUUUGACCACAACAUGACAUUAUCAAAUGUCAGCCAUGUCCAAUUCCUGCUGGUACAACUAGACUCUGGGCCUGCACUACCAGAGGGAAAGCCUCCAUACAGGGCUUCAAGAAGCCAGUAUUCUUACUAUUAAUUCAUCAAAAGACAAUUUGACCAUAAGUUAGACAAAAAUUCGGUCUAAAAAUGUCUGAAAGUUCUGUGGAAUGCUCUUUGCUGCCUCCAAGAGCCUGAGUGAUGUCUACAAACUGUUUGCAUAAUCAAACCACCCGCUGAAACUCAGUUUUUAUUCAUAGAAUUAAAAAAAGCAGCCAAUUCUUUAUUUUUAAACCCUGAACCCAGCAGAUGUUUUAGAAACCCCUUAAAAAAUCCCAAAUCAUUGAUUCAAAAAAUAUUUAGCUUUUAUUUUAAUCUAUAAAAAGAGGAAACUGCCAUGUCGGACUGCAGCAUCAAUGAUUAUUUGAUCAGGAUAUUUUUAGAUAGAGUGGUCUGUAAAAUGUCGGGAAGUUGUGAAAUAAAGUACAUUUUUAUAACCUCUGAAUAACUUCUCGUCAGAGCUGAAAGACUUUUUAAUAAUGUGAUUAUCUCGGCAGCAAAUCUGAACAAACCAUCAGAUACUGGACAUUUUUGCUUUUUACAUCUGUGCAGUGAUACAUGUUUAUCAAAAUAUUAAGUGAUAGCUCUUCAGAUCGAUGAAAUAUUUUACUUUUUGGAAACCUACCACCAUGUGCAUCACACUGCAUCAAGGACACAUUGGUGAUAACUGCAAAUACAUUGAAGUCUUGCACAGGGCUGCAACUCAGUACAGUGUGAUUCACAAGCUAAUAUUGACACACCACAAGUGAGGUAGCCUUCUGCAAUGAGUUUUCUGCAUGUUCAUGUCAAAAUGUUGAUUAAAAACGUGUUUUAUCAUGUAUGGUCAGGUCAGCACAGCCAGGAAACAUUGCGUUCAGGCUGUAGAAGCCUACAGGGAAAUAUUUACUCUUCAUCUACAUGCUCCUCUUCCCUAGUCAUCUGUCUCUGAGCACCUUCUAAUAAACGCUUUUUGAACUUUAACGGCCUGUGUAGUAAAUCGAAGCCGGUGUAUCUUUUACAAUAGAGACUCAUGAGGAAGGAUGUGAUUGCAUGUCAGAGGUACGCAAGAGGAAGAGCAGCUGAAUGGCUCACGCUGAAGAGGGGAAGAGAGACAGAGAGAGGAGGGAGGAAGAGAGGGAGGGUGGAAGUUGAGCGGCUUCCUUAAAAGGACUUUAAAUUUGUUCAGUGAGUCAUUGGAGAGCUGAAAUGACAAUGCAUGUUUAGUAUUGGCCUGCAGAUCUCAGGUAAUGUGUUCAAGCUUAAACCCUUCUGCAGCUGAGUCCACAGAGGCUGGUAUGUGCUGAUAUUCGAGCUGAGGCUGUAGUUAGGGCAUGUUGACCUAGAAUCACAGAGUUCAGUGUCAUAAACGUGGAUUCUUUUUUUUAAACUUGUCCAAAAGCUGCAAGGCAACAAAUUGGUAAGCAGUUUGUUGGGUUAUUCUCUAAUGCAUCAAUUCAAUCUAAAAAAGUUCAAAUUGAAAAAAAAACUUUCCAGAUCUAAGAGAUAUUUCCUCUUUGCCUGAUCCUGAAAAAGCAGUGUGACUGCCUGCUGUUUGAGGAGCUGUGACUUGUAAAUAUCAGGCAUUUAUAGUGUGAAAAAUAACUCCGUUUUGCUCUUCUUUAAAUCAAUAAUUCACUGUAGUCCUGAUCUUGAUGUUAAAAAUGUCUGAUAUCUACAGUGAAGAGAAAUGCAGUUACAGCCCCAGUUUCCUGGUUGCUGCUCGCUGCUGUAAGCAUUAACAAAUAUUACAGCACAGAAGGCAUUUUGUGCACAUGCAUCAUUUAAAAGGAUUCCCCGCGCAGAUUCAUUCUGCAGCUGUGAAUGAGUUUCCUCUCUUCAGGGGAGCUGCUUUUGUAAUUCAUUUAUUCUUACUCUGUUUUCUCCUCCGUGCAGACAUGCCUGGAAUUGGAGCGUUACCUGCAGAGCGAGCCUUACGUCUCCACAUCCGACCUCAAGUUCGACGGCCAGGAGGACCUCUGGAGCAAGCUGAUCUUGGCAUGCGGGGACAAGGCCAAGACUGAGUGUGACCCUACACUGCCCCGCACCCUUGAGGAGGACAAUCAGGACAGCCAAAUAUUGGACACCAACAGUGUGAAUUCUGACGUGAGCAGCGAGGCUUCAGACAGUUCAGAGGAGCUCUCACCCACGCACAGCUUUACCUCCAACCCUCUGGGCUCCGUCCUGGUUGGCUCUGGACCUUUUAGCCCCUCCGUCAUUAGCACUCCUCCGUCCUCUCCGGAGGCAAACUCGGAGUCCAGCGGUGUGACGAACCGCUGGGUCGCAGCGCAUGCAGAGCUGCAUUUGCCGGUCAAAAUCAGGAGUGGCGGGGUGGUAAAAAGUACAGAAAAAACGGGACUGAUGUGCGGGGACGCUUCACCUGAUGGCAGGAGGCGGAUACACAGGUGUCAGUUCAACGGGUGUCGCAAGGUUUACACAAAGAGCUCACACCUAAAAGCACACCAGCGCACUCACACAGGUGAGCCCCAAACAGCAGCCAUCCCCAUGUUUGAUAAACAUGAAGCUAAAGAGGGAGAUGAGAGGGUUUUUACUGAGGUGUUCAGGCAGCAGCAGUUCAGUCUUUGACAAAAGCCUGACUCUUGCUGAGUGAAUGGACACAGGAAGAGUCUUAGAUUUAGUCUUCCACCUUAAUGGUAUUGUCCAGCCAUUGUGUAAUGUAAUUAAAGGUCCACAUUGCAUGAUGUCCUCAGCUGGAGCGCAGUGAGUAUUAGCUCUGCAUGGCUGGAUACCUAAACUGUGACCUAAUCUAUCUGGAAUGUGACUGACUGAGCCAGUGAGUGAUUGAACAAGCGAGAGGCUCGGGUGGGGGGGCUGCACAUGGGAGAUAAAAUGACUUCAAAACAGAUUGAGUUUCACUAUGGGAAAGGGGUGAAUGGGCGGGGAGCCGGGGGCACGAAGUGGCAGGGCUCUGAAUGGUCAUUUCUUGGUUUUGAUUAGCAGCGUGAAAUUGCUCUUGUGCUCCAUUUCAUGUUUUAUUCUGCACAUUUGCAGCUGCCCUGAGAAUUCUUAGCAUGUUUUAAGUUGCAUACAACCAGAGCUGGUUGUCCAUCAGGUUCAGUGGAAUUUGGAUCAUGUAUGGCUUGUCAGCUUCUAUGUCAUGUCAUCCGGCCUCGGGGCUGAUUGAUCUGAAUGUAUUUGAAUAACAAAAGCACAGAGACGGCCAUUCAAUUGCUGGGUUUCUCCUCUCUGAAUGUGAGCUCCAUUAAUCUUUUUCUUCUUUGCCCUGCAGGUGAGAAACCAUACAGGUGUUCAUGGGAGGGCUGUGAGUGGCGCUUUGCACGAAGCGACGAGCUGACCAGACACUUCAGGAAGCACACCGGGGCAAAGCCAUUUAAAUGCAGUCACUGUGACAGGUACGUAGGCCUCCUCCACAGCCACAGCACACACUCCUUACAUGCACUUUAAAGAUGGUCAGCUAUGAUACUUCUGAUGCAGGUUGCAGAGGAUUUGGCAGAUUACUCAGCAAAGCUAUCUGAGACACAUGUGAACAUUCCACAUUGCUGCACAAACAUUAGUAAUAACAGGACUGCACAGAAUCAGUGUUUCCAUCACAGUUUAGCGCUGAGAUGUGCUCUCUUAACAUGAAUCUGGCUAUUACAUGUCAUUCCAAAGACAGUAUAUUGUUAUUAAUUUUGCAACACAAUCUUUGGCAACUUUUUAAAUUUGUUAUACCAGGAGCCCAAUAAUAGUUCGACUGAGGAAAAAUAUGAGUCUGUGUAUAGAUGAGAGAGUUUCUUCCAAUCACAGCCCCUCUAACAUUCAGCUUUGUAAUGCUGCUUUUCAUGUUGAGCAAUAGUGGCAAAGAUUUUUGAUCUCAGCUGAGAUAAUCAUCUAGUCAGAGCCGGACCCGUGUGAAAUUUAGCAGCAGUUAUUAUGAUGUUAGGCUUGAAGUAAAGGAAAUAUUCUUCAUGGAAGUGACCACCAAUACGCUGCUUUUUUAAAAUGAAUUACCCUUUAAAAACUGUCUUUUAUUAACUUCAGAUGCAGAUCAACAAUUGUGGAGCUGUGAUCUUGCAGAGAUAAUGAGAGAUUUGUAAACUAAAGCCAAGGCAUUACGAGUAGGGGAAAGUGCAUGGUGACAUUGUUUUGAUUCACUUGAAGCACUGGCUUCUGCAUGAUGUGUUCUUUGAAAAAGGCUUCAGUCUUUCUCUUCCCUUUCUUUUUUUAAAUGUGAAAUAAAGUCAAAUGUUUCUUUUUUGUAAAUCAAUCAGCUCAGAUUUCAAAUCAUCUACAUAUCAAUGUAAACAUGAAGCUUCCAUCUAGCAUCGGUUUGGAGUUAAUCAGCCUCCUCCCUGCAGAACUUUCUAGAAGAAAAAGAAAGAGAUAACAUAUAUUUGUGCAAAUGGCUGCUCUGGAGAAUGGUUCUAAAACGCCUCUAUCUUUUCAGGCUUUCAUUCUUGAAGUCACUCGUGCACAAAGUCUAAUAAGAAACUUCUUUUAUCUGCCUUUGCUACAUGUUUUUGUUGUGACUCACCUCGCCUUCCCCUCCUCCCCUCUGUCCCCAGAUGUUUCUCCAGGUCCGACCAUCUGGCCCUUCACAUGAAGAGGCACAUCUAAAGCAGAUGAGAUGUGCAGCAACCAAGCAACGCAGCGAGGUUUUUUUUUUUUUAAAAAGAACAGAAAAACUAAACGCCGUCUCCCGACUAGUCUCUUGGUUGAACUGUCCCAGAGCAGAGUAGGGGGAGUGUGUUCCAGCCAAAGCAUGCUGUUUUGCACCAUACUGAAACCCAGUGCCUCCGGGACCUCUCUUUGGAGAAAGGCGCUCUGAAGGUUGUCUGUUUCAACAAGAGGACAAAAUCAUGGACGAGAAAGAAGAAAAAGGAAGAUCUUUUUUUGAUUUGAGAAGGACACGUAGAGUAAAAAAAGACAAAAAAAAAAGAGAGUGAAUGAAUUGUGUGUAUGGUGCAUGAUGUUUUGGGGACAUCUCCCGGACAGCAGAUACACUGGUACUUUAUGAAACUGUCUAAGGUAAGCAUGUGUGCACUGUGAAUGUCUGAGAUUGGACCACCGGCCCCCAGGGAAGAAGAUUUCUGGGAGAAGAAAGGAAUUGAUUGAUGGAUGGAUGGAUGGAUUGAUUUAUUGGCGGAUGGAGCGGGGCUGGUUCCAAUGUUGCUGUGGACUGAGUGAGUUUCUGGGGGGCACGCUCCGUUUGUGAUCCCCCAGAGGCAGGACGGAUGUUCCUGCCUGUCUGUUUGGCACCCAGACCGGGGAUGGGGGUUCUCUGAAGCUUUUUGAGGCCUUGGGUUUGUGACCCUCGGACUCAGACUCCCCUUCCCUCCCGGUCUCUGUAUGACAGGAGCUUUUUUGGUGUUUUUGGUGCAGCUACUAAAUGUGCAAUGUGUUAUGUAGCCUGGUUUAUUAUUUUUUUACAAGCUACAAAGCUCAUUUGUAGUCCAAUUGUAUAAGCUGUGUGCUUAGAGGUAUAACACAACUAUACUAUAACUUCAGUAUCAUAGACAGGUGUUGCAUGGUUCUAGGGUUUGUUCAUUUCAUGUUUCCACUGUAAUCAGGACUGCAAAUAGUUUCAAUAAAAGUGCAGCUAAAGUGCAAACGGUUAAAUGUUACAAUAUUGUACAUAAAGCCUUGAUGAUUUCCUCUUUCUUAGUUUGACACUUUCACUCUCAUCCGGCUGGAGAUUUCACCACUGCUUCCUCAUCUUCUUGCUCACAUCAUAAGCCUUCAGGAGUUGAUUUUGUACUUUUUCUUUUUCUAUCUCGUAAUAAUGCACUGUUGACCUUAAUGGUGCCUUAUGCAAGUGACUCAGCCCGGCGGCAGCGGGAGUUUUUGCUCCCUCGGGAAGUCACAUCUGUUGUAUGGGUGAUUUGACAAGCUCGAUCAAGGCUCAGUUACAGGUUCACUCGGCCCUCCCCGUUUUUAAUUGAAAUGGAAAAAUUCCUAAAAGCACCUUUUCUUAAAAUCACAAAAUUUAAUCGAUUGAGAUGAAACAUUGUGUUUUUGAGUUAGAUUAAAUAAAAAUGCUUAAAGUCAGAUCAUGCAAACAAGACUAACUCUAUGUUUAAAGCACUUAACUUUAUUGAUAAAAAGAUCUUAACUACUGUUAGUAUGUACUGAAGUCCAUCACACAGAGCUCUGGAGCCAAGCUGCACCAGUAUCUGAUUUAUUCCAUUAAAGACAGCUUGUAGUUAGUGAUAAUGAAAUGGUUUCAGCUGAUUGUUGUGAAUUUGUUCAGAGAUAUAAAGAUUUGCUGCUUUUCUUUGUCAUUCAUCAGGAAUGAAUGAAGUCGUUUGGAUUCUGGACAAAGAAGCAGUUUUUAAGAGAUCACUUCUUGGCUCUGGAAGAACAAUUACGGCAAAUUUUGACAUUUUAAAACCAAACAGUUCACUUUGAAAAUAACCAAAGCCGCAGCUUUACUCUGAGACACAAAAGCAACUGGACCAGGCAAACAAAAACUGCCUGCUGCAUGUAGCUCAGGUUGCUUUUUCCCUGCUUAUUCCACUGUCACCAUCUUCUCCCCCUGUCGCCCUCAGUCCCUUUUUGUCCUGGCAAGUGGGACUAAAGAAACGCUAAAGAUUUAUUGUAAUUAACAGGCUGCAGUCAGACAGGCCUCGCCUUGUACUGCCUCUCAGUAAUGAAUUGCUAAAGGCUUUGUUGGCAUGGAAUCUGUCACAGACUGCUGACUGUGUAGGUUGGUUAUUGACCUGUCUGGGGAGCGUUGUUUUAGCUGAGCUGCUACAGUGUUAUGAAAACCACAGGAGCAGGCGAGGGGGAGGAGAUACAAAUCAAACAUCGAUGGUGCAUGUGGAAAAAUUGUCAAAAACCUUAUGACGGUGUCUCACUUUGAGGAGAAUCUAGAUGUAUUGGAGGUAGAAGGACACUGAUCGUUCUCAGUGCUGUUUCGGGCCAAACUGAUCCACUCCAUCUCAGACACCUUGCUGUAAGAGUUCAAUGUUGCAGCGCAUUGCACCGUGGCAUGCUACGACUUAUAGAUUCCAGAUCAGCCAGUGGAGGAGACGGGAUGAGUACAAACUUGAAACUGCUUGCUGUGAUAGAUUUGGGAGUUGCUGGCCCGGUCUUUUGUGGCCAGGAGGAGGAAAGGAACAUUCAUUCAGUGGAAAAGAAAAGCCAAUACUGUUCAAGGAGUAAUUGAGCCUUGAUUUAGCUCCAUGUUUGCUCGCAUCCUUUACACUUUUCAUCAUCAUCAUCUCCUUCAUCCCACAACUACUCUUACUCUUCUGUCACACACAAACACACACAGCUCUUUGUUCUCAACUGAAUCUUUGUAUAAAAAGAAAAAAAAAAAACAACUUUUGUAAAAUUGUUAUGUUUAUGCUUUAUGAAUUUUUUAUUUUAAAUUGUUUUGCAAAAUUGUUAUAUUUCUGUAUGAAUGUAUUUUUUAUUGGAAUAAUAAGAAAUUCUUAUCUGACUUUG